GGUGUGGUGGCACCGUCCUGCCCCGCUGGCCUAGUAGUCUCGCCGCAGCCGCCGUCUCGACACCCCGGGCCUCCCUCACGGAGCACCGUCCUCGCCGUCCUCGCCGUCCGGGCCCUGAAGCACGCCGACGGAACCCGCCUGGCCCGCGCGCCUUUCCCUAACGUGCACGACUUCCCCGUCCGCGCCGAGCCCGGUGCGCGAACUGUAGCCAGAGGGCGGCGAUCAGAGCGACGCGGAUCGACAUGACCAUCGCGGAGAUGAGCGGCGGCCUGUGCCAGUCCGUCAUGCACGACCUCAAGGACACGUGGGCCAAGAGCGGAGGGCUCGCGGCGGACUUUCUGCUGUACCUGGCGGCCGACCACGAGGUGCCGGGCCCGAUCGCAGGGGAGCCGGAGAUCACCGACUGCGGGCGCAACUGCGUGACGCUGUCCUGGCCGAAGCCCCUGCACUCGGGGGACGCCCCCGUGCUGGCCUACCGCAUCGAGGCCUGGCGCCUGGGCUCCGAGGGCGGCGCCAGGUGGCGCGAGCUCGGCAUCUCGCCCACCAACGCGUACGACGCGUUCGGGCUGGUGGCGGGCAAGGACUACCGGCUGCGCAUCACGCCGCGCAACCGGCACGGCUGGGGCGAGCCGCUGGUGUCGGCGCCGCUGCACGUCCAGCUGGCCGCGCCCCUGCUGCCCGAGUUCACCCGCCCGCUGCCCGGCCAGAUCAAGGCUCUCCGCGGCCAGGACAUCACCGUCGACUGCCAGGUGCGGGGUGACCCCAGCCCGCAGACGCGGUGGUCGCUGGACUCGGACCCGCUGGCUGACGGCGCCGACGGCCGCGUGUCCACGACCCGCGAGGCGGGGCUGUGCCGACUGUCGAUCCGCGGGGUGCGCGACGAGGACGCGGGCCGCUACUGCUGCGAGGCCUCCAACGCGGCCGGCCGCGUGUCCACCUUCGUGCGCCUCACCGUGGUCACCGACCCGCAGCUGCUGCACGCCGACACCAAGCUCCGGAGGGAUUUCAAGGGCGCUGAGAUCACGUGAGGGCCGCUACAGGGCCUCAAUUUGAAAUCCCCCUCCCAUGGACAUCACCCUGCCCCGCCCCGCCACGCCCCGCCACGCCCCGCCUCGCCCCACCACGGCCCGCGUGCAGUAGAGAGGGACGCAGGGAAGUAAACCCUCUCCGCUUCGAGACGAGGGAGGACGGCCAUUGGUUGGCCAAGCUGUUUUGUUUUUAGGCACGAAGUAGCCUUAUAGUAUACCCAGGACUCAGCCGGCUCGAGAUUUGAUUUGUGUGGCCCUUUAUGCAUUUCGGAAGUUUUCUAUACGAUUUUAAUGAGAUUUUGCA